AAGAGCGGGCCAAGCUUGUUUUGUGUGGGGAUAUCAGUUUGUUUCAGGAGUAAUUUUGAUUUCCCGGUGUCGUACUGGCCCUCAAGAAAAGGACAAAACAUUUUGAAAGAAAGAAACGAUUUUUCUUGGUGUAGUCUCUUGAUCACCCGUACAAAUGUUGCCCCGAAAAACGGCUUAUCAAUCGGCGAAACAGCAACAUGGUUGCGGACAGGUUGGACUGGAACGAUAGAUACAGACCAGCGUUAACAACGCGAUACGAGCUUUAAAACACAGCCCAUUUAAGGAGCACAUGCGGUUUUACAUUGCCUACCAACAAGGCAGUUCACGAAAAUGAAGUCCUUUGCACCAUGCAUGUGUGCCCUGCUGGUCGUCUCCUCCCUGUGCGGGGCCUCACCUUCGUCGCGCAUCGUGGGUGGUGAAGACACAUCCAUACAAGACGCACCUUACCAGGUUGCCAUAAAUAUUGGCGGUCGGUUUAUAUGCGGAGGAUCCAUCUUAUCGAGGAAAUGGAUUCUAACAGCUGCCAAAUGCAUCAAAAAUGUUGAACCUUCCUCGAUCACGGUUCGUGUAGGCAGCAACCAGCUGGAUUCGGGUGGUCGGGUUGUUGCUGUUUCCCAGACACGAGUCCACGAAUUUUAUGAUGCCACGAACAACUACAACGACAUCGGUCUCCUGGCGCUCGAGAGGAAUCUUAAUUUCACCGAUGCGGUGAAGCCAGUUCUGCUCGCUGGUGCUAACCCAACACCGGGCUCCAACGCGCUCUUGGCUGGCUGGGGUUCUAAGGCCUUUCCCGGUGGACUCUCGCGGACUCUGCAGACUAUUUCUCUGAAAACCAUUUCCUUGAGUGAAUGUGCUGCCAUCCAUACCCCAGGGACAAUAUCGACCGGCAACUUGUGCACAGCUGGCAACGAGCGAAAAGGAGCAUGUUUGGGAGAUGCGGGUGGAGCUUUAGUUUCGAACGGUGUCCAAGUUGGCCUUGUAUCUUGGGGCAUCCCUUGCGCGACCGGCAUCCCGGACGUCUACUCAAGCAUCUCAUUUUACAGAAGUUGGAUCGCAGAAUCUUCAGGCGUCUAGAUGAAGUAGCUAAGUUCCCAUAGUUUUAUUUGAAUAAAUAUCAGACAAGGAUUA